AUGAACCCGACCGUAUUCUCGCUCAUUGUAGCCGGGCUCGGCCUCCUGACCGCACCGGUGCACGCAUUCACACUACGACAGCAGACGAUGGUCAGCGUGUUUGCGCUCGAGUGCAUGGCCGAAACGGGCAUUGCGGCUGCAUCGGUGACGAAACUCCGUGAUGGCGAUCUCACCGCUAACGAUCGCGCGGCGAAAUGUUUCAUGAAAUGUUUCUUCGAGAAGGAAAGCUUCAUGGACGGUGAGGGCCGGCUACAGCUGGAGGCGAUUGCGACGGCAAUGGAGAAGGACUACGAGCGGUCGAAGAUCGACGAGAUGCUGGAGAAGUGUGGCGUGCAGAUGGAGGAUCCUUGCGAGACGGCUUUCCAUGCGUACGGGUGCUAUCACGACCACUACCAGAACUUGUAAGGACGCACGGCAAGGGAUGAUUUCUUAAAAUCUUCGACCCUUAACCGCCUCAAUAUGCUCCUC